GGUUUUAGCCAGAUGAUCAUUGCACAGCAGUUCGCUAGAGGUCAGUAGCGCGCGAGCAGAUUGAGAACCACCACAAAUCAAGAAGAAAACAAUCUGGUUCUCAUUUUAAACUUCCGGGCAUGGCGGAGAAGAAAACAACCGGUAACCUCCGCUCGCAGGAUCCCAACCAGCGGCGCGUGCUGGACAGCGCGACGCGCCAGCGCCGUUUAACCCGCCAGCUCGAGGCGCUCGAGAAAGACAAUUUCCAGGACGACCCUCACGCGAGCCUCCCGCAGCUCGUCAAGCGGCUGCCGCAGUUCGACGAGAGCAACGAAUCCGGUAACGAAUCGAGCAAGCGGAGGAAGAAGACAAGGGGUGAUCAUUUUAAACAGAGGUUCCGCAAAAACUUCCAGGCUCUUCUGGAGGAGGAGGACUUGAGUGUCAGUGAGGGUCCAAACUAUCUGACUGCAUGUGCUGAGCCCUCUAAGUUUCCCCAGCGACAUUUCUGUGCAGUGUGCGGCUUCCCAUCAAACUACACCUGUGUGUCAUGUGGAGCUCGCUACUGCUGUGUCCGAUGUUUAGGAACACACCACGAGACCAGGUGUCUAAAGUGGACGGUAUGAUUUGUUCCUCAACUGAACUCCUAUCAAAAGUAAAACAAGCUUAUGGGUCAAAAUGGACACUUACGAGUUUAUGUUCCUCAGAAGCAUCCCAGUCAAUUGUCUGCACAAUAAACAUGUUGAGCUGUAAAUCACUAGAAGCCUUAGACCUGACUGCUAAAACAACAUCUUUAAAAAGCAAAAUGCCUAUUCACGGAUUUCUGUAUCAUAAUUAAAGGAAGCUGCAGCAGUUAACAAAAGUUUUUGUAUAUGAAGUUUUGUAAUUUAACAAAAAUUAUUGCUUUUGUAUGUAAAUAUGUGUACAUGUUUAUCUUAUUGCUAUAAAAUUGUGUUUUCUGAUACAAAUAAAUGACUACAAGUGGUAAAAA